AUGCUUCCCAUCGCUAUUUUUUAUCAAGUUUAUGCCUAUCUCAGUCUUGUGCUCUCUGCGCAAGUCUUUUACAUGCAGAUGCGUGCUCGCAACCUGCCCUGCUUGCUCUUGUUGUUUUGGGUUUGCAUCUGCACAUUCAUCUAUGUUGUACAGUCUGCCAUCUGGCAUCAGACAUCGGAGCCAAAAUGGUUGGGCUAUGGUUUUUGCGACAUCACUUCUCGAAUCAUUACUUGUGCCAGCAUUGGUGUUCCAGCGGCAGCAUUCACUUUGGUUCUCUACCUCGACAAAGUCAUUCGCAGUGAUAGUCCUUUAAAACCAUUCCAAAAUUGGAUCUUUCAAAUCUUACUAUCUCUUGUGUAUCCUUUAGUUACUAUGCUCCUUAUGAUUCCCAUGGAGAGCAACCGAUAUGUAGUCAUCUGCAUGAAUGGUUGUAUGCCUGCCUUUUACCAGACAGUGUACACCUUGAUCAUCUUUUAUCUUCCCCCUUGCCUACUUUCCCUCGGUGGUUUGUUCUUCGUCUCUAGAAUCCUCUACUACUACUGGCAUCGCCAAAAGGAACUUCAACAGUUCUUCCAACGCGACUCACAACUUACUUCCAAACGCUUUCUCCGUCUUCUCCUUUUGGAUGCCGUUUUCUUCCUCGGUUACUUUCCACUCACGAUUUACCUUCUCAUUUCUAACUGUAAAGGACAUAAAUUCAUGGCUGUUGAUCGUUAUUUUAUAUCCCUUUGGCACCAGGUUCCUGUCUACUUCUUCCCAGCAACUUCUAUUUUCUUGAAUAACUGGAUUCCUCCCACAGUUCUCAUUGUCAUGUCUAUCUUUUUCAUCACAAGCGGUAAAUGGACUGAUUAUGUCGCCAUGUUCUUGUGGAGUUUGGUCGUUCGUUGCCCCUUCAUCAAAAAUACUAGCUUGGGUCGUCAUGCCCAAUUCAAGUUGGAUAGCGAAAAGAGUGCCGAAACUACUCUUGCUGAGAGGACCAUCGAUUCUGGCGAUCUAAAAGAGAAAUGCCUUAUUUUAGAGAGACAAUGGAGCAAAUUGUCGGUUCCAAGCGACGACUCGAGCGAAUCCCAAACUUCCACCAAAUAUGUCUAA